AGGUCAACAGGCAAGCCAAGGCGCACUUUUCUGACUGGCUCCCGCGUCACCAUAACGACAACUUUAUCUUCUCCUCGCAAAUCUCAAUGUCCUUUUUCCUUCAUUUUCAUUUCUUCAACUUCCAAAUCAUGGUUAUCGUGUUCCUAAUGUAAACCACCACUCCUCUUUCUUCUCGCUAAGUCUUUUCCAUACUUGCUUGGCUUAGCGGGAACAUUUUUUCAUUUCAUUAAUUAUUACCAUUCCCUUUCAUUUCAUUCCCUCGCUUUGAGCCUUUUCCAUUCACCAAUCCCACUUUACCACAUUUCUUUUCACCCCCUUUUCUGUAUCCAAUCUGAUCCGUGUUCUGCUUCUGGAGAAUCCUCCCCCCUGGAAUCGAAGAUUUCAUUCAGAACCUUUCCUACUCGAUUAUAUGAGUUAAAGUUGUGUUCCUUUGCUUGUUUUUAUUCAACAUCACUGAUGGAAUCAUCCACAAAUCGAAUGUGCAGUUGUGAUGUAUGAUCUUUCUGCUUACACAGAGCCCUUUUGUUGAUUUCACUCUUUGACUGAUUCCUUGAUAAUUUUAUCCAUUUAUGCACUUCUUGGGAGUUUUAUGCAAAGUCAAUUCCUUUAUACGUUUUUCUUAGAUUGUAAAAACAUUUCCUUUCAGAUUUUACUUUUUGAUGGUAUCUUAAAAGGGCCAGCUUGUACCGUCUAAACUCUUUUAGAGCACAUGAUCUCUUAAGGGUUUUGGCUUUUGAGAACAAAAGUAUUUACUUUCAUCUUUUUGGUCUAAGGAUGGAUCAUAUAAGUAACGAUGCUAGGGUUGACCCUUUCGCGAUUGGCCCUUCUAGCAUUCUUGGCAGGACUAUUGCUUUCAGGGUUCUCUUCUGCAAGUCUAUGUUAAAAUUGAGGCAUCAGAUACUUUUUGUGUUGUUGGAUAUCUUCUACGGUUUUAGGAGAUUUUGGGGACCCAUUGUGUCAUGGUUGCACCCAAGAAAUCCACAGGGGAUAAUGGCAAUGAUGACAAUACUUGCUUUCUUGUUGAAACGGUACGCCAAAGUGAAGGUGAGAGCUGAAAUGGUAUAUAGGCGGAAAUUUUGGAGAAAUAUGAUGAGAUCUGCAUUGACCUAUGAGGAGUGGGCUCAUGCAGCCAAAAUGCUUGAUAGAGAGACACCAAAGAUGAAUGAAUCAGACCUUUAUGAUGUGGAGCUGGUGAGUAACAAGCUUGAAGAGCUGCGCCAUCGCAGGCAAGAGGGGUCUCUUAGGGAUAUAAUAUUUUGUAUGCGUGCAGAUCUUGUUAGAAAUCUUGGUAAUAUGUGUAACCCUGAAGUCCACAAAGGUAGGCUUCAGAUGCCAAGACUUAUCAAGGAGUAUAUUGAUGAGGUAACAACUCAGUUGAGAAUGGUGUGCAACUCUGAUUCGGAGGAGCUUGCAUUAGAAGAAAAGCUUUCUUUCAUGCAUGAAACUAGACAUGCAUUUGGGAGGACUGCUUUGUUGCUAAGUGGGGGUGCUUCCCUUGGAGCUUUUCAUGUUGGAGUGGUUAAAACACUGGUAGAACACAAACUUAUGCCGAGGGUAAUUGCUGGUUCAAGUGUAGGAUCCAUUGUGUGCUCCAUUGUUGCCACAAGGUCUUGGCCCGAGCUUCAAAGUUUUUUCGAGGAUUCACUGCAGUCAUUACAGUUUUUUGACCAAUUAGGUGGAAUUUUUACAGUUGUGAAGAGGGUUGCAACAUACGGUGCAGUUCAUGAGAUCAGACAAUUGCAAGUGAUGCUGAGGAAUCUAACAAGCAAUCUUACAUUUCAAGAAGCAUAUGAUAUGACGGGUCGAAUUCUUGGGAUUACAGUUUGUUCCCCAAGAAAGCAUGAACCACCUAGAUGUCUUAAUUACUUGACUUCACCUCACGUUGUUAUAUGGAGUGCAGUCACUGCUUCUUGUGCCUUUCCUGGCCUUUUCGAGGCUCAGGAAUUGAUGGCAAAGGAUAGAAGUGGAGAGAUUGUUCCUUACCAUCCUCCAUUUAAUUUGGGUCCUGAAAAGGGUUCUACUCCAGUGCGCCGUUGGAGGGAUGGUAGCUUGGAGAUUGAUUUACCUAUGAUGCAGUUGAAAGAGCUGUUCAACGUCAACCAUUUUAUAGUUAGUCAGGCCAAUCCCCAUAUUGCACCAUUAUUGAGAUUGAAAGAGUUUAUACGAGCUUAUGGAGGUAAUUUUGCAGCAAAGCUUGCUCAUCUAGUAGAGAUGGAAGUGAAACAUAGAUGUAAUCAAGUACUGGAACUUGGCUUUCCAUUGGGUGGGCUUGCCAAACUAUUUGCUCAAGACUGGGAGGGUGAUGUAACAGUUGUUAUGCCUGCAACUCUUUCUCAGUACUUAAAGAUCAUACAGAACCCUUCUUAUGUGGAUCUUCAGAAGGCAACCAACCAAGGGAGAAGAGGCACUUGGGAGAAGCUUUCUGCAAUAAAAGCAAACUGUGGAAUUGAGCUUGCUCUUGAUGAGUCUGUUGCAAUUCUCAAUCAUACAAGACGUCUGAAAAGAAGCGCUGAGAGAGCUGCUGCUGCUGCUUCUCAUGGUCUCCCCACCAUAGUCAAAUUCAGUGGUUCAAGAAGAAUUCCCUCGUGGAAUGUCCUUGCUCGAGAGAAUUCUACAGGGUCCCUAGAAGACCUUCAUGCAGAUGCUGCUUCCUCAUUGCAUCAAGGUGUUAUCAGUCCCAGAGGAGCCACUGGUAAAAACUGGAAGUCCCAUCGUAGCAAUCACGAGGCAAGUGACAGUGAAUCUGAAAGUGCUGACUUGAAUUCUUGGACCAGAUCCGGUGGGCCUUUGAUGAGAACUACAUCAUCUGAUAUGUUCAUUGAUUUUGUCCAAAACUUAGAAGUUGACACUGAACUUAACAGAAGCAAGGUGACUCUUAUCAGCCCUCGUGAUUUUCAGCAUCACAGUUCAAGGCACACAACUCCUGAUAAGUGCUCCGAGAGCACAGAAUAUGAUCAGAAAGAAAAUGGCAACAGGGUUGUCAUGAAUGGAUCCAACAUAUUGGUAACAGAAGGUGAUCUUCUGCAGCCUGGAACGAUCCAUAAUGGGAUUGUGUUCAAUGUUGUCAAGAAAGAAGGCUUGACACCUUCAAACUGGAAUCAGGAUAAUAAUACUUGUAACAGUGAAGUUGUUGAAUGUGUACAGAUUGACUUUCCAGGGAAGGAGAUGGAUGCUUCUAGUUCAGCUUCUGAAAAUGGUGAUGAGGAAUCCACAAUGUCCAGGUCUUUAACUGAAAAACUAGAUUAUAAUUCUACAGGUAUGGAUCAGAGUAUUGCUGACAGUUAACUCCAAAGUAUUGUUCAUAUUGAUGAUAGUAUCAGUAUAUCAUUUAGGGUAUGUUUGGACAAACUUCUCCACAAUUCCUGAAAGGAAAAAAAAGUUGAGAGUCUCU